AUGGAGUCUUCCGCUGCGUCCCUAUCGCUCGUCCCGCCAUCGCGGUUAUCGCUGAGCUCCCUCCAGUUAACCCCACGGGUUCGAGAGCUGUCAUCCCGCCUACCAUCUCCAAACGAAUCUCCUCGUUGCGUGUUUGUGCAAGUGGAUAAACACGAAGAUGCUGCGCAUACCAUGCAAUAUGAUCUUCCGGUGGACAGCAAACAGUUCGAUCGAGCUACAAAGAUCAAACCCACCAGUAUGUUGCGACCGCACAUGCGCAUCUUCUAUUUGUCGUGGAUGUCCGCUAUCACCGGUUUCUUCGGCUGGUACGCUAUUCCGCCACUUAUGCCGGUGAUAAAGACGCAGCUUGGUCUUACCGACGGCGAAGUGCUAAACUCCGAUAUCGCCAGUACAGCGAGCACUAUAUUCUCACGAAUUGCAUCGGGUCCGUUGUUGGAUCGGUUCGGUCCUCAGGCCGUGCAGAGUGCCGUGCUGUGGUUGGGGGCCAUUCCGAUCUUUUGUGCGGCGUUCGUAAACUCUGCAACAACGCUGCUUGCUGUGCGGUUCAUCGUUGGACUCGUGGGCUGCGUGUUCGUCACAAGUCAGUACUGGACGACCAUCACGUUUGCUCGCAAUGUGGCCGGCGCGGCGAACGCUAUUACCGGAGGACUGGGUCUGUCGGGUAUCGGCUUUGCCUUCCUCCUGUUGCCGUUCGUGUUCGAGGCCAUCACGUCCAGUGGACAUGUAUCUGAAGACUUAGGUUGGCGAAUCACUAUCGCUUUGCCGGCAGUGCUGAUGAUCGUCAUGGGCGUAGUGAUCCGCUUCGUGGUGGAUAGUUGUCCAACGGGAGAUUUCCAAGAACUCAUGGCAAAGAAACGUCAAGCAGAACAAGCAGCCAACGGCGGAUCCGUACAAGAGCAGAAGCUGCAGCAUCCGAGUUUACUCGAGUCGUUUAAGAUCGUGUUGUCCGAUCCAAAUGUGCUGAUCAUGAUCGCACACUACGCCGCAUGUUUCGGUACAGAGCUACAGUUGAACAACAUGGGCGCGCUAUACUUCAACAAGGAGUUCACACAGAAAGGAUGUACCGAUAGCGUGUUCUGUUCCGUGCUGUCCAAGACCAGUGCAGCAACCGUAGCUUCAUCAUUCGGUCUCAUGAACUUGUUCGCGCGUGCGGUUGGAGGCCUCACGUCUGACGCGGUGAACCGUCGAUUGGGUAUGCGCGGCCGUCAGUACACGCAGUUUACGCUGCUCUGCAUCCUCGGGGCGCUUGUGAUGGCACUCAGUCGCUCAUACUCUCUCGGGUUGUGCAUCUCGCUCUACGUACUCGUGGCCAUUGCUGCACAAGCUAGUGGAGGUUCGACGUACGGCAUCGUCCCGUACUUGAACGAACAUCACACAGGUACAGUCAACGGGUUAGUCGGUGCUGGAGGGAACAUGGGAGGAGCUCUCUUCGGAGUCAUCUUCCGUAUCACGGGCUCGUACCACACCGGACUGUUCUACAUGUCCAUCUUCAUCUUCUGCUGUGCACUGCUCACGCCACUGUUGAGAUUAUCACAUCUUCACCAUCACGGGAAUGUAGCAGCUAACAUCACUGAUCAAUCGCAACAUGGACCCAGCACGAACACGGCACUCAAACCCUUCCUCGAAGACGAGUCGUCUGAACACACAGAAUCACCAACGCUCCACCAUAGAGCGCCUUAACCACACCAAAAAUACAUGUCCAGCUUACGUGAUCUUUAUUUGACC